CCUUGGCUAAAGCAUCAUCACUUCCGGAGAAGACGGCCGGUCAAACCCGUCUCGAGCUCACAAGCUCCCCUCCGCCGCGCAUGUCUUCUUCUCCUUGAUGGCUUGAUGCCGUCCACUUCCACCGCCCCAACGACGACGCCAAACCCUCGCCGCCAUGGGCAACCCUCUCCUCCUCCUCCUCCUCCUCUUCCUCCUUGGCGUCCUCAUGUUCUCCACUACCUGCCCCGCCGCUGCCUCGCCGCACAUCUCCGCCGUCGUCUCCCAGUCCGGCCUUGACUUCGCGAAGGACCUGCUCGUGUCCCAAGCCGCCGAGACCCUGGAGCACCUGAGCGUCCCCGACAUCGAGCGGUCCGUGAGCAUCCCGGUAAUUGGCACCGUCAGCAUGGUCGCCUCCGGCAUCGUGCUCGAAGGCGUGUCCGUCGCCAACUCCACCGUCGCCGCCGGGGAUACGGGGGUGGUGGUGUCUGCGACGUUUUCUGGCGUUAACCUCACCAUGGAGUGGAGUUACUCCUACAGCUCCUGGGUCGUUACGAUCUCUGACAGUGGGAAUGCUUCGAUUCAGGUUGAAGGAAUGGAUGUUGGGGUUUCCAUGGGGAUGAAGAAUGAAAAGGGAUCUCUCAAACUGUUUGUUAUUGAGUGUGGCUGUUAUAUGAAGGACUUGGACAUAACGCUGAAUGGAGGAUCAUCUUGGUUUUAUCAAGGGUUCAUAGAUGCUUUUAGCAAUCAUAUCAGAUCAUCAGUAGAAAAUGCAAUUACAAAUAAAAUAAUGGAGGGCGCAUCAAAGCUCGACUUGUUCCUGGAAAAACUCCCAAAGGAAAUUUAUGUUGAUGAAGUCGCUGCUAUGAACGUGACAUUUGUUAAUGAUCCGCUCUUCAAAAGUUCCUCUGUUGAAUUUGACAUAGAUGGGCUGUUUAUUCCAUCCGGUAAAACUGCCGUCCGGAGUUAUAUGCAUUCUGGUGAUAUCAAAUUUGCAACGCCUCUUGGCGGCUGUUCAAGAAUGCUUUGGCUUUCAUUGGAUGAAGAUGUUUUCAACUCUAUUUCCGCUCUCUACUUCAAGGCUGGUUUACUACAGCAUAUGGUGGACAAGGUUCCUGAUCAGUUUCUUUUGAACACUGCUAGCUGGAGGUUUUUGAUACCCAGGUUGUAUCGUAAAUAUCCAGACAAGAAUAUGGUGCUGAACAUUUCUGCUAUAUCACCUCCCUCUGUGAAGAUUAAUGUGGGUAGAAUUGAUGCCACAGUUGACUUAGACGUCACAGUUAACAUUUUGGCUAUUGGUGAUAUAGUUCCAGUUGCAUGCAUAUCACUGUCAGUUGAUGUUUCUGGAGGUGCAAGUGUUUCUGGGAAUAAUCUUGCUGGAAGGGUUGGAUUAGAUUAUUUUUCGUUCACCUUGAAGUGGAGUGACAUUGGCAAACUCCAUACUGGUAUAGUGCAGAGUGUGAUGCGGAUCUUCCUGAAAAGUCUGUUUGUACCCUAUGUGAAUUCGUAUCUCGAACAAGGCUUCCCAUUGCCUAUCAUCAAGGGCUUCAUCAUCAGUGAUGCAUAUAUCCUCAUUUCUCACUCAAGAAUAAUUGUUAGCUCUGAUGUUGCCUUCAUCGAAACAAUGAAGAAGCCUGGAAUAAAGCAGGUUUAUGAACAAGUCAGCGCAGACAUGGCAAUCAUGCAUGAUGGCAAUCACCAUGAAGCAAGUAGUAUAAGUAGUUAAGGUACUUAGUACCUUUAUUUCACUUUAUUGUAUAUUGUAAAUAACCACUGUUGUAACUUGUAAAUAUAUUUCCAUGUAUCUAGAUAGGUGAUAACUAGUCUGAAUUUGCUGUACCAUUAGGUUUAUGCUGUAUAGCUAGUGGAUGGUUGUGAAUUUUCGAUGCAGCGGUUCUUCCGGAUGAACAUCCAUAUACCUUCUUUUAACAAACAAACACAGCAGCUGUUUGAGUA